CCAUACGCCUACGUUUACUUUGAACCGGCCCCUACUUAAUAUUUUAAUACAAAUAAAAUAUACUUUAUUUUGAAGUUCUCAAGGACUCUACAGGAAAAUAGAUUCUCCCUCUCGAGUUAUUGAAAAUGUCGCGCUAGCUAGUUACUGGUUAGUGUUGUGGCCGUGAAUGAGAGAUGUCCUCAUUACCUGCAGUGGCGGAGCAGCUUUUCCAAGAUAUUCAGAAAACAUUCCACGAAACGUCUCUAAUUCCUGAUGACCUGCUUAUUGCCCUGAGGUUCGUGUUUGGGUCGUGUGCACUGCAGGCCCUGGACCUGGUGGACCAGCGCUCUGUAACCUGUGUCUCUUCUCCCAGUGGAAGAAAAGCCUUCCAGGUGCUGGGGGGAUCAGGGAAGCUGUACACCUGCUUCAUCUCCUGUCACUUCUGUCCCUGUCCGGCCUUCGCCUACACAGUGCUCAGGAGGAACGAGAGCCUGCUGUGUAAGCACAUUCUGGCGGCCUGCCUGAGCCAGGCCAUGGGAGUGUCCCGGCUGGAGGUGUUGUCUGACCAACAGAUGUCCCUCAUCCUGUCUGGGGGAGCUAGCCCUGAGCCCUAGUCCUCCAGACUGCUGCUGUACAUACAGGACUGAACUACCACACAUGCAGGACUGACCUAUCACACAUGCAGGACUGACCUAUCACACAUACAUGACUGACCAACCACACAUACAUGACUGAUCAACCACACAUACAUGACUGACCUAUCACACAUGCAGGACUGACCUAUCACACAUGCAGGACUGACCUAUCACACAUGCAGGACUGACCAUGGAUGGCGGACGUGAUGGCCUCCUCUCAUCGGGCUCGUGUGAAGACGUCAGAGAACUAUGGGAACGCUGCUGUGGUUGUAUGGUUUUGAACUUGUCUCUCAGACUCUUGCAGAUGUGUUGUUCUGAGUGUUUUGUUCUUGGUCAUUGGCCAAAGAAUGUACGUACAUCUGUUUCACUGAGUGUGUGUUGCUUCACAUUGCGUUUCCUCUUAUCUGAACUCAAGUUGGUCACUUUGUCUAUAGGGAACAAUAAAAUUAUAUAAAAACCUAAGUGUGUUUCUCUGAAAACCAAAAUGACAUGUAUUUCCCAAGCAUGUAUGUGAAUUUAGUUGGAUUUGGCUGGUACAGCUAUGUGAAAGACUGUCUAUUAACAAUCUAAACAUUUGUGUAUCAUUUU